GGGUCCAAGCAACAUGCACAAGCUUAUGUCUAUUGUCAAUGGCAAAGAGCCCAACAAGAUCACGAUCAUCCCUGUCUCCAACAUAAAUCUCAGUGGCAUGGAUUCCUGGAAGCAAAGACAGGCAGUGAUUGUUACCAUGGACCCAUACCAGGUCUACCUCUACCAAAGCUUCACCACUUUCACUGGGACCAGGGUCAAAGCCAAGCUCCCUGUGGCAGUCCUGGGGGGACACGAGUGCGUUGCAGAUGGAGGCCGCUGCAAUCACGUCUACGAACAACUGCUACCAGUGCAGAGCCUCUCCACCAAUUACCUGGUUCCUUCCAUGCACAUGUCCAAUUCAACUGACUUUGUAAACAUUGUGGCCUCAGAGGACAACACUCUAGUGAAGAUCUUUGAGGGAAAGGUAUCCACUGCUAAAGAGCUGAAAGCGGGGCAGGCGUAUGUGGUUUCUGUCCAACCUAAAUAUCCGCUGAUCAUCAAAAGUGAUAAGAAGGUCAUGGUGAUGUACUUCAGCAACAACAAGCCCUACGAUCCGUUCCUCACCAACAUCCUCCCAACGUCUGAUCUUGCCAACGAGUGGUCGGUGGACACGCAGAGCAAAUUCGAGAGCACAUUGGUCAUUGUCUCCGAGAGGGAAGGGAUCAACACCGUUAAAGUCUGUGAGAAAAAUACAUGUGUGAAAUCUCUCCAAUGGACAUUAUUCAACUCAGACCCUAAGUACAUGUGGGUAAAUAUUCCAUUGGGAGAGAAGCAACAGCAUUUCUCCAUCAAAGGCGACUCACUCAUGGCUGUUUACAUUUAUGGUGGCAUGCCAAGAGACGGCUAUGCUACAACAGGAGUAUGUUCCAAAGGCACUGCCCCACCCACACUACCACCAGACCCAUGUGAGAAAGUCAAAUGCAGAGAAAAAGAAGAAUGUACAAAGGGGGUUUGUGUCCACAUCUCCAAAGCCACCUGCAGGGCUGUGGGGGACCCCCACUACCUCACCUUUGAUGGGGAGCGGUUUGACUUCCAGGGCACCUGCUCUUACGUCAUGGCCACGGUUGUUAAAUCUGAACCUGGUCUCAUCCCGUUCACUGUCCUGACCAAGAACAACCACAGAGGGAACAAGAGGGUGUCUUUCGUAAGGAAAGUCUCAGUCACAGUCUAUGGGCUGACUGUUGUGAUCAGCACGCAUAAAGGGAAGGUUGAGGUGAAUGGUGAGGAUGUCUACCUGCCUGUGACCCUGGCCGGAGGAAACCUAACGGUGGUGUAUAGUGGCAGCUAUGCUGUUCUGAAGACAAACUUUGGCCUGAAGGUUAUGUACGACUGGAACAUGAAGUUCUACAUCACUGUCCCCAGCAGCUACUUCCGCACCCUGGGUGGGCUCUGUGGGAACUACAACGGGGAUCACAACGACGAGUUCACUAACCCCAAAGGUAACAAGGAACCCACAGUGGUGAAAUUUGCCCAGAGCUGGAGAACUGAAGAUGGCGACUUGUUCUGUCAUGAUGACUGUCAAGGGGAAUGUCCUAUCUGCACUCCGGCUCUCCAACAGAAAUACAAGGAAGAAAAGUUAUGUGGUCUCUUGGCCAAAAAAGACGGCCCAUUCGCAAGCUGCCACAAGGUCCUGGACCCAGGCGUGUUCAUGGACAACUGUGUAUUUGACGUCUGCAUCAAUAAAGGCAUCUACCAGUUCCUCUGUGAGAACAUGAAAAGCUACAAUGAUGCCUGCUUGGCUGAGGGAGUCAAAAUAAGCCCUGAGUGGAGGACAAUCACUGCAUGCCCACUGGAAUGUCCAUCAAACAGCUAUUAUGAGGCAUGUGGCACAGCUUGCCCUGCAUCUUGUUCAGAUCUAGCUGCCGAAGCAAAGUGCAAGGAACCCUGUGUGGAGACCUGUCAAUGCAACAAGGGCUUUGUCCUCAGUGGAGACAAAUGCGUCUCCAAGGAGAGCUGUGGCUGCUCUUAUGAAGGACGAUACUACCCGUCUGGAAUGAAGUUCUGGGAAGAUGACAAAUGCACCAAGCAGUGUGAAUGCAAUCCAGCAACAGCCAAGGUUGAAUGCAAAGCAACAGCAUGCAAGAAAUCAGAGGUGUGUGGCCUGCAGAGUGGUAAGAUAGAUUGUUACCCAACAUCUUAUGCCACCUGCCAAGGUUCAGGCGACCCCCACUACCGUACGUUUGAUGGCAAGAGGUUCGACUUCCAGGGAACGUGUACUUACGUUCUCUCCAAAUUGGUCAGUAAAGACGACAAGUCUCUGACGCCUUUUGAGGUGCUUGUAAAGAAUCAGAAUAGGGGGAGGAACACGGCAGUGUCUUACACAAAGACAGUCACCAUCACUGUCUUCAGAAACAUCAUCAUCAUGAGUAGGGACAACCCUGGCAAAGUAUUGGUCAACAACCAGUAUGUGAACUUGCCAUUUGAUGUAGAAGACGGCCAACUGUCCAUCUUCCGCAGUGGGUAUUUCGGGGUGGUGAAGACCAAAUUUGGCCUGACACUGAAGUUCAACUGGAACAGCCACGUCUCCCUAACCCUCCCCAGCACCUACUCAAACCUCAUCGGAGGGCUCUGCGGAAACUGGAAUGGCCAACGGAACGACAAUCUCCUCAAACCAGACAGGAGCCCUGCUAACACCCCAACUGUAUUCGGGGACAGCUGGAAAGUGGGGAACGACCCUGGCUGCUCCAGCGACUGUGACGGCAAGAAGUGCCCCACCUGUGACCACAGCCUGAUGCUAGAUUACCAAACAGGGAAAUAUUGUGGCAGGAUCACAGACAAAAACGGUCCGUUCAAGCACUGCCACGCCAAGGUGGACCCCAGAGAGUACUAUGAGGACUGUGUGUUUGAUAUGUGUAUGUACCGUGGCCAUGCCUCUGCCCUCUGUAACGCCCUCAGCACCUACACCACCGCCUGCCAGGAUGCCCCUGCCAAGGUGGAACAGUGGAGGUCGGACAGCUUCUGUUCGUCUUCCUGUAAGACCAACAGCCACUAUGAGGUGUGUGCCUCAGGCUGCCCCCAGACCUGCAGCGGCCUCGAUGAGCCUGAGAGCUGUGGGAACUCCCUGUGCACUGAGGGAUGUGUCUGUGACGAAGGGUUCAUACUGAGUGACAGCGAGUGUGUGCUGCUGGCUGAAUGUGGCUGCGUUCACCAAGGCCAGUACUACCAGAUGGGCCAGGUGUUCUUCCCCAACGGCCAGUGCAAAGAGCGCUGUGUGUGUAACAAGGAUGGAGACGUGGAGUGUAAUCUAAAGUUUGCCUGCGGUCCCAGUGAAAAGUGCCAGGUCCAAGACGGGGUGCAGGCCUGUGUACCCAUGAGCACGGGCACCUGCCAUGUGAGCGGGGCCAGGAGAUUCCACUCGUUCGAUGGCAGCUGCUUCAGCCUACACGGGGACUGUGUGUACAAAAUGUCAGAGGUUGUGGAGAAAGACGGAUCGAUGGCUCCAUUUGUUGUAUCAGUGCAGCAGUUGACCAAGAUGGAUGAUGCAAUGGUCACCAGGAGGGUUGACAUACAGGCCUACAAAUACAAGAUAUCUAUGUCUCCCAGAGUUAUAUGGGAAAUAAUGGUGGAUGACGUUACAGCAAAUCUCCCACUGUCACUCGGAGAUGGAAAGGUCAGGGCCUACCAGAACGGCAUUAACAUCGUCGUGGUAACAGACUUUGGCUUGAUGGUGACCUACGACACCGUUGCUGGCGCCAUCAUACAGCUUCCAUCCAUUUACAAAGGUGUUACCGGUGGUCUCUGUGGCAACUAUAAUGACAAGAAGGAGGAUGACUUCCUGCUGCCCAGUGGGUUGCAGGAGCCGUCUGUGGAGAAGUUUGCAGCGGGGUGGUUGGUGGUUCAGGAAGGGGUCAAAUGUCAGACAGGAUGUGACGGUGGCUUGAAGUGUCCUCCCACCAGUGGACCCCCACCGGCUUGUAGCAUCAUGAAGUCAACCAAGGGUCCAUUUGCCCAAUGCCAUGCUGUUGUGCCACCACAAGAGCACUUUGAGGAGUGCAUGAAGGAGGGAGAGGGUGGGGAUGCCCUGUGCCGCCACUUACAGACAUAUGUGACUUUCUGUCAGGUAUCCGGUGGCCUUGUCAGCAGCUGGAGAUCUGACCAGUUUUGUCCUCUGACGUGUCCAGCUAACAGUCACUAUGAGUUGUGUGCCGACACCUGUUCUUCUACCUGUUACUCUCUCAGCGAGUCUCCAAAAUGCCCACUAUGCCAGGAGGGCUGCCAGUGUAACGACGGCUUUGUGUUUGAUGGUGGCAAGUGUGUCCUACUGGAGAACUGUGGCUGUGUGGUUGAUGGACACUAUUACAAGUCUGGCCAGUCUGUGAUCCUGAGCAACUGUUCUGAGACCUGCAGCUGUGCCGCAGGAGUGUUCACCUGCAAGAACUCACAGUGCAAAGAGGGUCAGAAAUGUGGGAUGAAGAAUGGAGUCAUGGACUGCUACAGCAUAGACCCCUGUGAGGACACUGAGUGCCGUGAGAAAGAAAACUGUGUGGUGAUGAACAGUAAGGCGAUAUGUGUGGCCCAGUCCACGGCCACCUGCAGGGCUGUGGGGGACCCCCACUACCUCACCUUUGAUGGGGAGCGUUUUGACUUCCAGGGCACCUGCUCUUACGUCAUGGCCACGGUUGUUAAAUCUGAACCUGGUCUCAUCCCGUUCACUGUCCUGACCAAGAACAACCACAGAGGGAACAAGAGGGUGUCUUUCGUGAGGAAAGUCUCAGUCACAGUCUAUGGGCUGACUGUUGUGAUCAGCACGCAUAAAGGGAAGGUUGAGGUGAAUGGUGAGGAUGUCUACCUGCCUGUGACCCUGGCCGGAGGAAACCUAACGGUGGUGUAUAGUGGCAGCUAUGCUGUUCUGAAGACAAACUUUGGCCUGAAGGUUAUGUACGACUGGAACAUGAAGUUCUACAUCACUGUCCCCAGCAGCUACUUCCGCACCCUGGGUGGACUCUGUGGGAACUACAACGGGGAUCACAACGACGAGUUCACUAACCCCAAAGGUAACAAGGAACCCACAGUGGUGAAGUUUGCCCAGAGCUGGAGAACUGAAGAUGGCGACUUGUUCUGUCAUGAUGACUGUCAAGGGGAAUGUCCUAUCUGCACUCCGGCUCUCCAACAGAAAUACAAGGAAGAAAAGUUAUGUGGGGUCAAAAUUAGCCCUGAGUGGAGGACAAUCACUGCAUGCCCACUGGAAUGUCCAUCAAACAGCUAUUAUGAGGCGUGUGGCACAGCUUGCCCUGCAUCUUGUUCAGAUCUAGCUGCCGAAGCAAAGUGCAAGGAACCCUGUGUGGAGACCUGUCAAUGCAAGAAGGGCUUUGUCCUCAGUGGAGACAAAUGCAUCUCCAAGGAGAGCUGUGGCUGCUCUUAUGAAGGACGAUACUACCUGUCUGGAAUGAAGUUCUGGGAAGAUGACAAAUGCACAAAGCAGUGUGAAUGCAAUCCAGCAACAGCCAAGGUUGAAUGCAAAGCAACAGCAUGCAAGAAAUCAGAGGUGUGUGGCCUGCAGAGUGGUAAGAGAGAUUGUUACCCAACAUCUUAUGCCACCUGCCAAGGUUCAGGCGACCCCCACUACCGCACGUUUGAUGGCAAGAGGUUCGACUUCCAGGGAACGUGUACUUACGUUCUCUCCAAAUUGGUCAGUAAAGACGACAAGUCUCUGGCGCCUUUUGAGGUGCUUGUAAAGAAUCAGAAUAGGGGAAACACGGCAGUGUCUUACACAAAGACAGUCACCAUCACUGUCUUCAGAAACAUCAUCAUCAUGAGUAGGGACAACCCUGGCAAAGUAUUGGUCAACAACCAGUAUGUGAACUUGCCAUUUGAUGUAGAAGACGGCCAACUGUCCAUCUUCCGCAGUGGGUAUUUCGGGGUGGUGAAGACCAAAUUUGGCCUGACACUGAAGUUCAACUGGAACAGCCACGUCUCCCUAACCCUCCCCAGCUCCUACUCAGACCUCAUCGGAGGGCUCUGCGGAAACUGGAACGGCCAACGGAACGACAAUCUCCUCAAACCAGACAGGAGCCCUGCUAACACCCCAACUGUAUUCGGGGACAGCUGGAAAAAAUGCCCCACCUGUGACCACAGCCUGAUGCUAGAUUACCAAACAGGGAAAUAUUGUGGCAGGAUCACAGACAAAAACGGUCCGUUCAAGCACUGCCACGCCAAGGUGGACCCCAGAGAGUACUAUGAGGACUGUGUGUUUGAUAUGUGUAUGUACCGUGGCCAUGCCUCUGCCCUCUGUAACGCCCUCAGCACCUACACCACUGCCUGCCAGGAUGCCCCUGCCAAGGUGGAACAGUGGAGGUCGGACAGCUUCUGUCCGUCUUCCUGUAAGACCAACAGCCACUAUGAGGUGUGUGCCUCAGGCUGCCCCCAGACCUGCAGCGGCCUCGAUGAGCCUGAGAGCUGUGGGAACUCCCUGUGCACUGAGGGAUGUGUCUGUGACGAAGGGUUCAUACUGAGUGACAGCGAGUGUGUGCUGCUGGCUGAAUGUGGCUGCGUUCACCAAGGCCAGUACUACCAGAUGGGCCAGGUGUUCUUCCCCAACGGCCAGUGCAAAGAGCGCUGUGUGUGUAACAAGGAUGGAGACGUGGAGUGUAAUGUAAAGUUUGCCUGCGGUCCCAGUGAAAAGUGCCAGGUCCAAGACGGGGUGCAGGCCUGUGUACCCAUGAGCACGGGCACCUGCCAUUUGAGCGGGGCCAGGAGAUUCCACUCGUUCGAUGGCAGCUGCUUCAGCCUACACGGGGACUGUGUGUACAAAAUGUCAGAGGUUGUGGAGAAAGACGGAUCGAUGGCUCCAUUUGUUGUAUCAGUGCAGCAGUUGACCAAGAUGGAUGAUGCAAUGGUCACCAGGAGGGUUGACAUACAGGCCUACAAAUACAAGAUAUCUAUGUCUCCCAGAGUUAUAUGGGAAAUAAUGGUGGAUGACGUUACAGCAAAUCUCCCACUGUCACUCGGAGAUGGAAAGGUCAGGGCCUACCAGAACGGCAUUAACAUCGUCGUGGUAACAGACUUUGGCUUGAUGGUGACCUACGACACCGUUGCUGGCGCCAUCAUACAGCUUCCAUCCAUUUACAAAGGUGUUACCGGUGGUCUCUGUGGCAACUAUAAUGACAAGAAGGAGGAUGACUUCCUGCUGCCCAGUGGGCUGCAGGAGCCCUCUGUGGAGAAGUUUGCAGCGGGGUGGUUGGUGGUUCAGGAAGGGGUCAAAUGUCAGACAGGAUGUGACGGUGGCUUGAAGUGUCCUCCCACCAGUGGACCCCCACCGGCUUGUAGCAUCAUGAAGUCAACCAAGGGUCCAUUUGCCCAAUGCCAUGCUGUUGUGCCACCACAAGAGCACUUUGAGGAGUGCAUGAAGGAGGGAGAGGGUGGGGAUGCCCUGUGCCGCCACUUACAGACAUAUGUGACUUUCUGUCAGGUAUCCGGUGGCCUUGUCAGCAGCUGGAGAUCUGACCAGUUUUGUCCUCUGACGUGUCCAGCUAACAGUCACUAUGAGUUGUGUGCCGACACCUGUUCUUCUACCUGUUACUCUCUCAGCGAGUCUCCAAAAUGCCCACUAUGCCAGGAGGGCUGCCAGUGUAACGACGGCUUUGUGUUUGAUGGUGGCAAGUGUGUCCUACUGGAGAACUGUGGCUGUGUGGUUGAUGGACACUAUUACAAGUCUGGCCAGUCUGUGAUCCUGAGCAACUGUUCUGAGACCUGCAGCUGUGCCGCAGGAGUGUUCACCUGCAAGAACUCACAGUGCAAAGAGGGUCAGAAAUGUGGGAUGAAGAAUGGAGUCAUGGACUGCUACAGCAUAGACCCCUGUGAGGACACUGAGUGCCGUGAGAAAGAAAACUGUGUGGUGAUGAACAGUAAGGCGAUAUGUGUGGCCCAGUCCACGGCCACCUGCAGGGCUGUGGGGGACCCCCACUACCUCACCUUUGAUGGGGAGCGUUUUGACUUCCAGGGCACCUGCUCUUACGUCAUGGCCACGGUUGUUAAAUCUGAACCUGGUCUCAUCCCGUUCACUGUCCUGACCAAGAACAACCACAGAGGGAACAAGAGGGUGUCUUUCGUGAGGAAAGUCUCAGUCACAGUCUAUGGGCUGACUGUUGUGAUCAGCACGCAUAAAGGGAAGGUUGAGGUGAAUGGUGAGGAUGUCUACCUGCCUGUGACCCUGGCCGGAGGAAACCUAACGGUGGUGUAUAGUGGCAGCUAUGCUGUUCUGAAGACAAACUUUGGCCUGAAGGUUAUGUACGACUGGAACAUGAAGUUCUACAUCACUGUCCCCAGCAGCUACUUCCGCACCCUGGGUGGACUCUGUGGGAACUACAACGGGGAUCACAACGACGAGUUCACUAACCCCAAAGGUAACAAGGAACCCACAGUGGUGAAGUUUGCCCAGAGCUGGAGAACUGAAGAUGGCGACUUGUUCUGUCAUGAUGACUGUCAAGGGGAAUGUCCUAUCUGCACUCCGGCUCUCCAACAGAAAUACAAGGAAGAAAAGUUAUGUGGUCUCGGCCAAAAAGACGGCCCAUUCGCAAGCUGCCACAAGGUCCUGGACCCAGGCGUGUUCAUGGACAACUGUGUAUUUGACGUCUGCAUCAAUAAAGGCAUCUACCAGUUCCUCUGUGAGAACAUGAAAAGCUACAAUGAUGCCUGCUUGGCUGAGGGGGUCAAAAUUAGCCCUGAGUGGAGGACAAUCACUGCAUGCCCACUGGAAUGUCCAUCAAACAGCUAUUAUGAGGCGUGUGGCACAGCUUGCCCUGCAUCUUGUUCAGAUCUAGCUGCCGAAGCAAAGUGCAAGGAACCCUGUGUGGAGACCUGUCAAUGCAAGAAGGGCUUUGUCCUCAGUGGAGACAAAUGCAUCUCCAAGGAGAGCUGUGGCUGCUCUUAUGAAGGACGAUACUACCCGUCUGGAAUGAAGUUCUGGGAAGAUGACAAAUGCACAAAGCAGUGUGAAUGCAAUCCAGCAACAGCCAAGGUUGAAUGCAAAGCAACAGCAUGCAAGAAAUCAGAGGUGUGUGGCCUGCAGAGUGGUAAGAGAGAUUGUUACCCAACAUCUUAUGCCACCUGCCAAGGUUCAGGCGACCCCCACUACCGCACGUUUGAUGGCAAGAGGUUCGACUUCCAGGGAACGUGUACUUACGUUCUCUCCAAAUUGGUCAGUAAAGACGACAAGUCUCUGGCGCCUUUUGAGGUGCUUGUAAAGAAUCAGAAUAGGGGAAACACGGCAGUGUCUUACACAAAGACAGUCACCAUCACUGUCUUCAGAAACAUCAUCAUCAUGAGUAGGGACAACCCUGGCAAAGUAUUGGUCAACAACCAGUAUGUGAACUUGCCAUUUGAUGUAGAAGACGGCCAACUGUCCAUCUUCCGCAGUGGGUAUUUCGGGGUGGUGAAGACCAAAUUUGGCCUGACACUGAAGUUCAACUGGAACAGCCACGUCUCCCUAACCCUCCCCAGCUCCUACUCAGACCUCAUCGGAGGGCUCUGCGGAAACUGGAACGGCCAACGGAACGACAAUCUCCUCAAACCAGACAGGAGCCCUGCUAACACCCCAACUGUAUUCGGGGACAGCUGGAAAGUGGGGAACGACCCUGGCUGCUCCAGCGACUGUGACGGCAAGAAGUGCCCCACCUGUGACCACAGCCUGAUGCUAGAUUACCAAACAGGGAAAUAUUGUGGCAGGAUCACAGAC